UCCCUCCUCUCACUGUGACUUUGUCUUGAUCUUGGCUCCGUGAGAGGCUGAGAUUGGCGCAAGAACUCCGGCCGCAUCUCCCUCACCCACUUUUCACUGGUCCGCAUCUCUCUCUCUCUCUUGAGCCCAAAUUCCUAUGUUUGUCGUGUCUUGGAUUUCACUCAUUGCGGUUUCUGGGAUUUUAGCCUAAAGGGUUGAGGUUUGUUUGGACGUCCAUUGGUUGCAAGAAUCAUCUGGGAUUAAGGGAACGAGGAAAAGAUGGGUGACGUAGCAAAAGAUCUAACUGCUGGGACUGUUGGAGGGGCAGCACAGUUGAUAUGUGGGCACCCUUUUGACACAAUAAAGGUCAAGCUCCAAAGUCAACCUGCUCCACUUCCUGGCCAACCUCCAAAAUAUUCUGGUGCCAUAGAUGCUGUGAAGCAAACAUUAGCUGCAGAAGGUCCACGGGGUUUGUACAAGGGCAUGGGCGCCCCACUUGCCACCGUGGCAGCCUUCAAUGCCGUGCUAUUCACUGUUCGAGGCCAAAUGGAAACAUUGUUGAGGUCUGCACCUGGUGUACCUCUUACGGUGAGCCAGCAGGUUGUUUGUGGGGCCGGGGCUGGUGUUGCUGUGUCUUUUCUUGCUUGCCCAACCGAACUGAUCAAGUGCAGAUUGCAAGCCCAGAGUACUCUAGCAACCACUGGCGCAGGCACCGUUGCCAUAAAAUAUGGUGGGCCAAUGGACGUGGCAAGACAUGUUCUUCAAUCAGAAGGCGGUGCGAGGGGUCUGUUCAAGGGUUUGGUUCCCACAUUGGCACGUGAAGUACCUGGAAAUGCUGCCAUGUUCGGCGUCUAUGAAGCAUUGAAGCAGUAUCUUGCCGGAGGCCAGGACACAUCCAGCCUAGGAAGAGGAUCAUUAAUACUAGCUGGAGGCUUAGCCGGGGCUUCAUUCUGGGUUUCCGUAUAUCCCACCGAUGUCGUCAAGAGUGUACUUCAGAUCGACGACUACAAGAAUCCUAAGUUCUCCGGCUCCAUGGAUGCCUUCAGAAAGAUCUUGAAAACGGAGGGCGUUAAAGGCCUCUACAAGGGCUUCGGACCUGCAAUGGCCCGCAGCGUUCCGGCAAAUGCAGCGUGCUUCUUGGCGUACGAGGUUACAAGGUCUAGUUUAGGAUGAUCGACCUAUAUCAAACAUUAUUCAGAAAUGAUUACUGCAAUCUUGAUGUCAUUUUCUACAUAUUCAUGGGAGUUUUCUGAUUGAAAAUGUGAAUGAUUCUUCUUGAAUUAUUGUCAUUUCUAUCUUGGGCAAUUUCUGAAUUGUAAAUUGACUGCUUUCUUUCUUGCUUUACACUGAGCAAACUUUAGGGAUGUGAACUGGUUAUUCUUUUACUCA